AUGGGCGCCUGUAAGUCAUUCGAAAUUACUGGAGAUGAUGUAAUUUACAUAACUAUGCCAAUGUAUCACUCAGCGGCAGGAAUUAUGGGGAUUGGAACUGUGAUUGUGAGUGGAACAACUGCUGUUAUCCGCAAAAAGUUCUCAGCGAGUAAUUUUUGGAAAGAUUGUGUCAAGUAUAGCUGCACCGCAAGCCAGUACAUUGGAGAAAUUUGCAGAUAUCUUCUUGCGCAAAAGCCUUGUGAAGAGGAAAAGAAACAUCGAGUCCGCCUUAUGUGGGGUAAUGGCCUCCGAGCGGAGAUUUGGAAUGAGUUUGUCUCACGAUUUGUCAAUAUUGAUAAUCAUGUCGGAUCAUGUGGGUUCUUUCCUAUCUACCCGUAUAUCGGUGCAUUUUAUCCGAUUCGUUUGAUAAAAGUUGAUCAGGAAACUGGAGAGCUUAUUCGAGAUGAGAACGGCCUAUGUAUUCCAUGUCGUCCCGGCGAACUUGGUGAAAUGGUUGGAGUUAUCAGAAACAAGGAUUUACUCUUGAAGUUUGAAGGCUAUGUGAACAAGGGUGAUACACAAAAGAAGAUUUACCGUGAUGUGUUUGAACACGGCGAUCAGGUUUUUGCAAGCGGUGAUAUAUUAUAUUGGGAUAAACUAGGAUACUUAUACUUUAAAGAUCGUCGUGGUGACACCUUUAGGUGGAAGGGCGAGAACGUGUCCACAACAGAGGUUGAAGGAAUCCUUCAGCCACUGAUGAGUGUUGUUGACGCGACCGUUUAUGGUGUGGAAGUGGGAAAGAACGAAGGUCGAGCUGGAAUGGCAGCAGUAGUUCUUGCCGAGGGAAUUGAUGUCGAAAACUUUUUGGUUGAAACUGCAAAGAGACUGAUAGCGAAUCUUGCGGGAUAUGCUAUUCCCGUGUUCAUUCGUCUCUGCAAAGAAGUGGAUCGUACGGGCACAUUCAAGCUGAAGAAAAUCGAUCUUCAAAAGCAAGGAUUUGAUUUAAAGCUAUGCAAGGGAGAUCCAGUAUAUUACUGGAAUGCAGCAGUCAAAGGUUACUCGUUACUGGACACAAAAAUGCAGAACGACAUAGAGAGUGGUGUGUAUAAUCGACUGUAA